GAAUCAAGCAAAACAAAAAGAGGUGGCAAUGGAGUAACUUCUCCAACAAUAAAAACUACCUUUGCUAAAACUGGAAUACACCCUCUAAAUUAACUAACAACACAAACCCAAAAGCAGAAUAUUUCUUUUUUUUAAUAAUCAACAUUUUUUUUUUAAUCCUAAAUUAAUUCACAUAAUCACGUUCGUACAUUCUCGCUUCUUCACACCUUCUUUUGGAUUCUUCCCUUUUCUCUCUCCUAAAUGCUCACCACCUGUUCGAUAAAAUGUCUCAAUGAACAAACACAUCAUUAAAAUUAAACCCCAUCAAAUUCUCAGCAUAUUUUACCAAACUGAUCAAAACCCAUUUAUUUUCAGCUAAAAAAUGGGUUUUGUUUUAGGAAUUGUUCUUGGUGUUGCUUCUGGUAUUGGAUUGAUCAUGGCUAUGGUGUAUUAUGAGAACAUACGCGCCAAACGCCGCACCGAUUUGGCUGCAACAGUGGCUGCUUUCUCUAGGAUGACAGUGGAGGAUGCUAGGAAGAUAUUCACACCUGAGCAAUACCCACCAUGGGUUAUCUUUCCUCAAAUGGAAAAGCUAAAAUGGCUUAAUACUCAGUUAGAGAAACUAUGGCCUUAUAUUAAUGAAGCAGCAUCAGAGCUGAUUAGGAGCACGGUGGAACCGAUUCUUGAGCAAUAUAGACCUGUCAUAUUAGCCUCCAUGACAUUUAAGAAGCUGACUCUUGGAACUGUGGCCCCUCAGUUUACAGGAAUUUGCAUUCUUGAUAGUGAACCUGGGGAGAUAGUCAUGGAAAUAGAGAUGCAGUGGGAUGGUAAUCCAAACAUUGUGCUUGAUGUGAAAACUCAUGUUGGUAUUGCACUACCUAUACAGAUUAAAAAUAUAGGUUUUACUGGGCUCUUCAGGAUAAUUUUCAAGCCUCUCGUGAACGAGUUUCCUUGUUUUGGCGCUGUAUCUUAUUCACUAAGAGAAAAGAAAGACUUGGAUUUUAAACUUAAAGUUAUUGGUGGUGACAUGUCCAUGGUUCCAGGACUUUCUGAUUCCAUUGAUGAAAUGAUAAGAGAUGCUAUAGAAGACUCUAUAACGUGGCCAGUUCGUAAGAUAAUACCAAUUAUACCUGGAGAUUACAGUGACUUGGAAUUGAAGCCUCAUGGAAUAUUAGAGGUGAAACUGGUGCAAGCUAAAGAUCUGUCAAAUAAAGAUCUCAUUGGGAAGUCUGAUCCUUUUGCUUCCUUAUUCAUACGCCCAUUACGUAACAGAACCAAAAAAAGUAAAACUAUUAGCAAUCAACUAAAUCCAAUAUGGAAUGAGAGUUUUGACUUCGUAGUUGAGGAUCCAGCCACGCAACAUUUGACUGUUAGAGUCUAUGAUGAUGAAGGUCUUCAGCCUCCUCAACUUAUUGGCUGUGCACAAAUACCAAUUAAUGUGCUUGAGCCUGGUAAAGUGAAAAUUGAAUGGUUGAAUCUUGUCAAGGACCUGAAGGUUCAGAGGGAUAAAAAAAAUAGAGGUCAGGUGCAUCUGGAGCUCUUAUAUUGUCCAUUUGGCACUGAAAAUCAGAUUCUAAAUCCUUUUUCCUCUAUUGUGCCGCUGACGGAUGUGGAAAGAGUCUUGAAAGACACAACUGAGGAUGAUGUCAGUGAUAUCGAAAGAAAAACCAGUGAAAAGAAGCAUGAGGUCAUCCUUCGAGGGGUGCUUUCUGUAACAGUAGUAUCUGCAGAAAAUUUGCCCGUUAUGGAUCUGACUGGAAAGUCUGAUCCUUAUGUGACUGUGUCACUGAAGAAGGCAGGAACAAAAAUGAAAACUAGAGUUCUAAAUGAAACUCUAAAUCCUGUUUGGAACCAAACCUUUGACUUUGUUGUGGAGGAUGCUUUGCACGAACUACUUAUUUUUGAGGUGUAUGAUCAUGACACAAUCGGAAAGAAUUAUAUGGGAAGAUGCAUCAUGACACUUACUAGAGUACUGCUGGAAGGGGAUCUCUACGACAUCUUUGAUCUAGACGGAACAACAUCCGGAAGGCUAGCCUUGCAUCUGAAGUGGACUCCUCAGCCAAUAAUGAGGGAUGUUUAAGUAGGAAAAGCACGACGCUGUGAAAGGAGUGCUCGAAAGGUACACAAAUAUCAAAACGUUUCCUCGACUUUCCUCCCUCAUUUGAGCAUAUGACUCUUAACAAAAAGUGCAAGCUCAGUUCAACUUCCGUGGAAUAUAUGUUAUGGUGAGACCAAGUGAUUAAAUUUCUGCAUGACUCAGGUCAUUCUUUGUGGUAAAUGAUAUUUACUGGUAUAGAUGUAAUGACCAGAGAUAUCAAAAGUUCAAACCCAAACACAGUAGAUUAUGUACAUAGAAUUUUAUGGAGUUUUUGUUCAAUUAUUCUUCUGCUAAGGUGAUCUGAUUUCCACGUCAUGUAUAAAAUUCGAUCAUAUGAAAAAUUCGAUCAUAUGAAUAUAAAGCAUUAGUCAUACAAUGUGCUUUUUCAUGCAUUAAUAAAAAAAAUACCCUUCCCCCACCACCCCGCCGGCGCCAAA